UAUUAUUUUUAGGUCAGCGUCACCGCUUUGCCGCUUCGCAGUCUCGCCCCCGGCAUGCUCAACGUCUUUCUCCCCCUACCAUCCGCCACCAGCAUCGCAACCCUCUCUGAGCCACCCCCAACGGCCGGCAGCUAUGAUGUUGGCGUCCACGGCAAGGUGACCCCGUUCCGGUUCCCGUUAACGUUCCUGUACCGGAGGUCGCGAACAUGUCCUUGGACGCGGAGAGGCAGUUCCUCUGCCCAAGGCUCAUCGACUAUCUCACCAUCGUCGGGGCCAGGAUCAACACGGGACCAGGCGGUGUUACCAGGCCUAAUACUGGACCGCAUAUACAGCCACCAGAACUGCUGAGACGUUAUCCCGUUCAAGACCACAAAGACUUCCCAAUGCCGCUGGAUAUGGUGUAUUUUUGCCAACCAGAGGGCUGUUCUUCAGUUGGACCAAAAAGGACAGCGCUGCGGGAGGCAUCUUCAUUUGUAUUUACUUUGACUGAUAAGGAUUCUGGGAAAACUAGGUACGGGAUUUGUGUAAAUUUUUAUAGACCAAUAGAAAAAUGUACAGUGUCAGCUGGCUUGUCAAAAGGUAGGGCAAAUACGAGUUUAAGGAGAGACUCAUGGAGGAAAAGUAUGGAAAAAAGCUCAGACUCAGCAUUUUCUAGUGACUAUAGGAGUAGUAAUAUAGGACCAAGUGAUUCAGAUAGAGACUGUCCAAGUAGACGAGAUUCUGAAUCAACAACGGUGAAUUUACCGCGAUUAGGGGUGAUUCCAGCCAACGAUUCGGAGAGUGGUGGUAGCCAUUCACCAUCACCGAGAGCUAGUAGGAGACGACAGAGGAUCAGAAACCUGUCAUUAACCUCACUCUGUAUAUUAUCGCAUCAUCCGUUCUUUUCAUUAUUUCGAGAGUGCCUAUUCAUCUUGAAAAAGUUGAUUGAUGCUUGCAAUGAAUCUUCAAAUCCUCGAAGAGUUGGUGGUUCAAAACAGCUGUCUAGAGAUAGUGUUUGGAGUGUUUUAACAAACCACGCCACUGAGGCAACAUCGUCUAUCGUCAAUCAUGACGUAAAAGAGAUAGAAACAUGGAUUCUGAAGUUGCUCUCAGCUCCCGUGCCUAUACCUGGAAAAACAAAAGUCGAAGUUGAGGUGCUUUCUCCCAGCGUAUACGAUCCUUUAGUUUUUGCGUUACCUAGUCACACAAGGUUCAGUCUGGUAGAUUAUCCACUGCACCUGCCUUUAGAAUUACUGGGUGUGGAAACUUGCUUGAAAGUGCUGACGUUGAUUCUUCUAGAACACAAAAUAAUACUGCAGUCGCGAGACUACAAUGCAUUAUCUAUGUCUGUGAUGGCCUUUGUAAAUAUGAUUUAUCCUUUGGAAUACAUGUUUCCUGUCAUACCGCUACUACCUACGUGUAUGAGCUGUGCAGAACAGCUGCUCCUGGCACCUACACCGUUCGUUAUUGGUCUUCCUGCUAGUUUUUUAAUGUACAAAAAGAACUUCAAAUUACCAGAUGACAUAUUUCUGGUAGAUCUAGAUUCGAAUAAAAUGAUAACACCGUAUGAAAUCCCUCCGUUGCCUGAACCUGAAGGUACAAUAUUGAAAAAUCACCUUAAACAGGCAAUGCAACUGAUGGAUCAAGCUGGAGCAAUCAACAGCUUAUCAACUAAUAGUGCAGUAACUCAACAACUCCAGCCAUCCAGAAGAGAAAGUAUAUCAUCGCCAAAUACAUUGAGUGUGGGAAAAAGCAAAACGCCAGAGCCAGAACUGUCGCCAGCAAUGUCUCCGGUGAAUACAAACAUUCAACAACACAAGCUUUCUUUGACACCUCAAGUGCCCUACAUACCUCCUUCGAGACCUCCAACGCCUUCGUCGGGAUACAACCCAUUCGUGUAUGGUAGUGAUGUGGACUCUGUAGACAUUGCUACUAGAGUUGCAAUGGUUCGAUUUUUCAAUUCCCAGAAUUUGCUAGCAAAUUUUUCUGAGCACACCAGGACGUUAAGGUUAUACCCAAGGCCUGUUGUAGCUUUCCAGAUCAACAGUUUCUUGAGAUCACGACCAAGAACGUCACAGUUCCUCAACAGAUUUGCAAGAACCCAAGCGGUAGAAUUCUUAGCAGAAUGGUCCUUAACUCCAACCAAUGUAGCGUUCCAAAGAGUACAAACAGGUGUUUUGGACCCAGCUUUAAUUGGCGACAAACCCAAGUGGUACAUGCAUACUUUGGAACCAAUCCGGUUCGUGGUCUGGGACGACGGGAGUUCUUUGAAUGGAGCGCUGCGGAGUAUCCAGAGUGCCGAACAGCAACCUACAGACGAGAGCGGUUCUGAUUCUGAAGAGGCAGACAGUACUAGUUCAAGUUACUCAUCUUUGAGUGACUUUGUCUCGGAGAUGGCGUCUUCUGAUCUGUCGCCCGGGUAUUCAUAUCAUGAGCAGAGGAAGGCUUCGGCACAGAGCAUGUCGUUUUCGUCUAGCGUAGACGUGGAGUCUGUUUAUCGGCCGCCUUCAGAACUACAGUACCCCGGGGGCGAAGCACCCCUGAUAAGGUCAGAUUCUCCGCAAUCGUCUAGCAGUAGUGACUCAGAUCUGAGCUCACCUGACUUCAACAGGGAUUCUGAGCUAGAAUUCGGCAACAAGUCGAAGAGCGAACAAGCCCAUAUUCCAAAGACAGACAAUGAAGGAAGUUACGAGAACGAGUCAGAUUCGAACUCUACUACGACGCCAAAGACUGUGGUCAGCUCUAAUAAUGUGAAGCAAUCGUCACCCACCGAAGAGAGGUCUAUUACUCCGAAAGGUCGAGGUCGGAGGUCUGUUACACCGGUUCCCCCAAUAACUCCCUCACUACAAAGACAGCCAAGCGUUGGAAAUGUGCUAGCCAGAACCUCGAGUUUCAGCUCUUCAGGUAGUCCUGGACCACCUUCGUCAGGUCCUCCUUCAUCUGGAGGUAGUGGUACCUUCACAAGGCAGGGCUCGCAAGGAUCCAUUUUUGAGCAGUUUACAUCUCAAGCUAAGGAGUUGGUACGGGAGACUACAAGGCAAAGCAGUCAAGAUGGAAUUUUGGCACAGAUGGAUAAGCUUAAGUUUCAAGCGAAGGAAAAACUCACUGAGGCCGAAGACAGUCAUAUUUUCGCGCCAUUUGAUAAGUUGACAAACCAAGCGAAGAAAGCGGCUGAAGAAGCAACAAAAAGCGUGCAGGUAGCUGGAAAGAGUGCCAUUGAAGCAAGUAAAACAGCAACUGCGAUGAGCAAGACAACUCUGGAUGACUUGACUUAUGUAGGAAAGUCCACUUUUGGAGACCUAACAAAAAGUGCCAAAGAAGUUGUAACGAAAAAGGGUCUCUUAAAGGCGGACUCCUUCUCCAAGCAACAGGACCCUGGUGGUAGCUCAACCUCGCUCGUUCCUCAGUCACAUGUAUUGACUGGUGCUAGUAGAGAUUUUUUCUCCAAUAUCAGCUCAGAUAUCAAUGGAUUAGCAACAAGCACAUCCAACAUGUUCUCUGAUUUGUUUGGAUCCAAAAAGGAAUCGCCCAGGCAAGGUGGUGAUCAGCAUCCAGAUCCAAAGCAGAAAUCGAAAGAACCAAUAAAAAGCAUGUUCGGGCCUUUUAACAGAGGUCCGAAAGGGCUGGCUGAAAAGAGUCCUCUGAUAAAACAUGUGCCUAGGAGACAAGAUGAUAUCCAAAGGAAGCAAUCUAUAGAUAAAAAUGUUACUAAUAGUGAAAAUCAGGCUUUUCUGAAAGACGUUGUGACAAGUGUCCUGGAAGGAGAAGGAGUGGGUUGGUUAAAGCUGAAUAGAUUAAAGAAACUUAUGGAAGAUGAGUCAUAUAGAAACUUUGUUCUUAGCAAAUUAAACAAAACCCUAGAUAGAAAAAUUGCACCUGAUGAUCACAUUGAUGACGUAUGUGUACCAAAGCCCGUGUGGAAAGGGAUGCAAAAGGUUUUGCAAGCUAUUGUACAUGGUUUGGAGAUGACGUAUGGAAACUAUGGACUGGGAGGAAUGGCUUCCGCCUUUCAAUUGUGUGAAGUUGCUCAUACGCAUUAUUGGUCAAAAGAUAUUGCUGAAUAUGGGCCUGAAAUAACACAUGGUUCUUCGAGCCCUAGAUCACCAGCAAGCCCAAGGUAUUCCUUACAGUCAUCAGACUGGGACGCAUCUAGAAAGUCUUCACAGGCGGAUCCACCCGAAGUUCGGUUGAUACAAGGAGAUGAAUCAGAAAAAGACCAACAAUCUACAGCAGAUAUGUUCAAGGACAUGUUGACUCAGAAAAAGAAUAUGUUGUUUAGUAAACUAACAUCCUUUGAUUCUGAUAAUGAAAGCCCCAUGCAUGGAUCUGGAGGUACAGUGUCCCCGUCAGCGGGAUCGAUAACUACAGGACCGGCAUGUGUCCUUAACCGAGGCGGAAAUCAGGCGUCUUUCAGGUCUACCGUAUCCGACACCGAGGUGGAGACGCUACAGUUUCCAAAAUUACCAAAACAACGCACAUCAAGCGUUUGGUCCAGCAAGUCGUCCUUGAGUACCGGUUUCCGUUAUCAUGGAGGGCAUAUUAUAAACACGGCCCAGUCUCCCAGCCCUGAUGCAGUGAGGACCUACUUAUUUGAAGGAUUACUUGGUAAAGACAGAUCGACCCUUUGGGACCAGAUGCAGUUUUGGGAGGACGCGUUUCUCGAUGCUGUCUCUCAGGAGAGGGACAUGAUUGGAAUGGAUCAGGGACCAAGAGAGAUGAUGGAACGAUACAAAAGCUUGAGUGAAACUGAAAGGAAAAGGCUGGAGCAUGAAGAAGACAGACUUCUAGCCACUCAACUGUACAACCUUACCGCCAGUUUGGUUAUGCUUAACUGUACCAAAGAUGAAAUAAAAAGGAAGAUUAGAAGAUUGCUUGGUAAGAGCCACAUAGGUCUUGUUUACAGUCAAGAGGUCAACUUACUCCUGGAUCAAAUCCACAAUUUGAAUGGUAACGACAUAGAUCUCAAGCCGCUUGGGUCUAGAUUACUUCAUAGGCAAAGCUUUACGGUACACCAAGGUGUGGACUGCACUGGAGAGCUAAGAUUUAUGGAGGUGCGGGACGAUGGUUUGGUGUUAAGAUCUGUUACGGGAGUUAUAGUAGAAAGAUGGUGGUUCGAGAGAUUGGUUAAUAUGACGUAUAGCCCCAAAAAUAGAGUACUUUGCUUAUGGAGACGCAAUGGCCAACAAACACAACUGCACAAGUACUACACUAAGAAGUGCAAGCAAUUGUACUACUGCAUCAAGGAAGCGAUGGAACGCAGUGGCGUCGCAGGGGCUGCUCCUGAGCUAGGGGGUGAAUUCCCCGUCCAGGACAUGGCCACCGCUGAAGGGGGGUUACUUCAAGUUUGCAUGGAGGGAGUAGGUCUGCUGUUUGCCAAUAGCAAGGAUCUUGCAGUUCUUCAUCAGGAUAUGUCACAUUAGGAAGUGCUUCACGCAGAAGGGAAAUAUAUUUGUCAUAGAGGAAUUCAAUCCCAAAACGAGGCAGGUAAUCCAGAGGAAAUACAAAUCUCCAAUGGCUAGCCAGAUAUUGCAUCAUUUCCACCGGAUACUGUCUGUUUGCAUGACACCACAUAUUGUUGAUAUUCCCGAUGCAUGAAACGAUCUCCUUUAGUGCACGGCUGAUCAAAUUUGUUAUUCGGUGCUAUGCGUGUUCAGCUACGUUGCAGCUGGUUCUGAUCGGCCCGCCCCCCAAAGACCCCAAAUGGGAGGACCCAGGAAACCGCCCACAGUGCUGCCAAUCGGCCCUGCUUGUCUGCAACCCGUCUAUUCGCCACAAGAAGAGCAGCUGGAGCAACAGCCCUUAGGCUCUUCCAUAGAACAGCCUCAGGAGCCUACGGCGGUAGCUAAACAGGAGGCACAUGACAUUGUAGAGAAGCCACCUGUAGAGCCAUCUACCCAGAAACCGGUCGAGGAUGCUCGAUCACAACAGUCACAAGUACCAGAAGCUUUCCUACAACAGGCUCAGCCGACGGGCCCGAAAAAUCCACUGCCCGUGCAGCAACUGUCGGUACAGAAGCAGCCUAGCGAUGAUCAAGAGUUUCCGCCCACAAGUCCAUUGCUGCCUCCGCCUCCGUGUAGUCCAGAGCCAGGUUCAGUGACACCUGUGGGCGGACCCCCUAAGUAUCCACCACCCGCGCUGCCUCCUGGGGUUGCACCACCAGCUCCUCCACCAGGACUUCUGAGGUCCCAGAUGUCUCUAGGUGGACCACCACCUCCUAUACCUACCCGUUCGUCUGUACCUCCUCACAGACAAUUUUCAUUACCUCCUCAACCACCACCUAGGCCUAAGUAGAGUAACUGAACUGGAGGAGUGUGUUGGAUCACUGGCGAUAACUGGCAAAGUAGCUGAACUUUAGAUGUAGUUGAAGCAAAGUUGUUUCUUUGGGAGUUGACUUCAGGGUCGGUUCAGACAUUUAUGAUAUUUUUUAAUCAUACUCGUACAUUAAACAGUCUAUGCCGGGUGUCAACAGAGGUUACUGAGCGUGGCUCAAAUUGAACAUUGAAUUGUAUAGUGAAUAGCAACUUGUGAUCUAACUGGAGCAUUUUUUGGGGUUUUAUAAGCAGUUGAAUUGAGAUUAAAAUUUUCUUGCUAGUGAUAGAAGGAUUUAUGGAAAAUUCAAACUGGCCGAAAUCUGUAACUAUGAGCAGCUAAGUGAGUGAACAUAAUCCAUAUUUAAUACCUUCGGUAGCAGCCUGUAUACUGAAAGACAAAGUAAGAAAGAUGAGCAUAUUGGAACAUGUUCUGCAACCGACUAUUUCGUCUCAUAUUUCCAGUAGUCCAAACAAAAUUUUAUUUUCGUAUUUACAAAACUGUCUAUUCUCCUGUAACUAAAGAGUAGAACCAAACCGCAAUAAUAUUCGAUUGAUAAUAAAGUUUUGAUGUGACAAAAUACUAAUAACUAUAUUUUAUGUAUUGAUAGGAAUAAAUAUAUCAAUAUUUAAAGGAAAUAACCUACACUGAAUAUUCAAUAUUUGUAGCAUCAUAGUUGAAGUUCGUUUAGAUCGCGGCAAUAGAGCUAUGAACAAAUAGACAAAAUUCAUUUCUAUGGGAUUUGAAAAUAAAAAAAUAAAGCUAGAAUGUAUGGUUGUGUCACUAGGGGUUAUAACGUAACUCCUAAUGACGGUUUUCCACUAAAGGGACAAAACAAAAACAAUACACAGACCCGUGUUGAAUAAAUAAAGCUGUAACUUUUCGGAUACUUUUGGAGUCUGGCGUGUUUUGCGACAGUUUGAGUUUAGUUUUUUGCGUCCCACUCGGAAGCGCCACAUCUAAAGGUUUCGACGUGUUUUGAAACUCGAGUUUGUUCAGUGGAAAUGUGUUGUGUAUACUAUUUUCACCAUGGUAGUCUGAAUACUAACUUUGCAGCAAAUUAGUAGAUAAAUAAAUAAUGUAUUUAUUUUUUUAUAGAUAAUAAAUUUGUUUUGAGUGCAUUAAGCCUUUACUUGUAGCAAGUAACCUCCUUGUUACUGCUAAUCGAUCUUUAACAGAAAUUUAAUCUCAAAUGUUUGUGUUUAACUUUGCAAAUUUUCUGCCCGGAUAGUUUAUAGACAUAUAUCGCUGUUUUUCAAGAAUAGUGACACUAGUUAAAAAAAGCUUUUUUUCAGGAGAGGCAUUUUUAAUAUUUUUUGAAGAACAAUUUCGGAUAACUGAAUAUAAAGUUAAUAAUUUGGAUUUAAAAAUUAUCAAUUAAAUAAGGUUUAUUGAACUUUCAGAUUCAUUGAACAAAAGAUCAGUAUGUUUUCAAAAAUAUCCCGUCUUACUACUUUUUUGCAACUUUACAGGAAUGUGCCAUUAUACCUAAAAAAAAAAGAUAAUGCAUUCCUAAAAAAUAUAUGACAAAUAAUUCGUGGUUACAGAAUAAAGAGGGAAAAUUUAUUUUAGUAUUAUUACCAACGAUACACAACUAACAACGGUUUAAAGGCUAUGUGGAACUAAAAAAUUAAAGGUAAGUUCAGAAAAAAAAGUACAGUACACAAAUUGGUUACAAAUUAUUGUGAAAUCCCUCAUAGCAGUGAGGCGCUUUUCUUUUUCUCGGAAAUGGGAAUGUUAUGUUUGUAUGCCUUAUUCAGAGUAAAUCUAGGACCUCUUUUUGUUGCUUUGCUUUUCUUAGACCUUCAAUAAGAUUUUUUAUCUACCCCAACUUUACGAAAAUCAGUCUCACUGUAUGAGUUUUUGUAGAAAAAUGUUCCAGAAUGUUGAGAUUCUAGCCCUUAAUAUUUCAACAUUGUAUUUUUAUGUUGUAGGAAGAUAGUCACAGUGCACUUUACAGGGUUUGUCCGGAAAGUAAUAGGACUAAGUCGAUUUAAAAAAAAUUAGUGAGCCAAUCGUUACAAUUCUUUAAAAACUUUCAAAAUAGGCUCCUUCUGCGUCGAUGCAGCGCUGCCAGCGCGAUUACCAAGCAUUGAAGGCGUCACGGAAGGCAUUCUCGGGAAUAGCCUUGAGAGCCGCGGUGCAAGCUGCUUGGAUUCCCUCUGUCGUCUCAAAAUGCUUGCCUUUCAUCGGCCUUUUCAGUCCGGGGGGGCCUCAUCUGGGCUGUAGGGCGGCUGCGGAAGCGUUGGGAUGCCGGCCUUGGUCAGGUAGGUGUUAACAAGAAAGGCGGAGUGAGCCGGGGCGUUGUCGUUCCAGUCGGCUGCGAUGUCUUGUCGGACCCGACUGACCCUUCGUUUGAGUCUCCUGAGCACUUUCACGUAAAACUUGGCGUUGACGGUUUGUCCAGGAGGCACAAAUUCAUGGAUGACGAUGCCUUUGAUGUCAAAAAAGACAAUGAGAAUUGUUUUCACUUUGGAUUUGCUCAUACUUCCCUUUUUUGGGCGAGAAGACGCCGUCGUGUGCCACUCGGAAGAUUGCCUCUUUGUCUCGGGAUCAUACUCAAAGAUACACGAUUCGUCACCUGUGAUUACGAUAUCCAAAAAUUGGGGGUCACUUUCACACAUGUUCAAAUUUUCUUGGCACACUUCCACUCGACGCAAUUUCUGGUCGUCAGUGAGCACUUUUGGGACCAUCUUCGCGCACACCUAGCGCAUGUUCAAAAGCUGAGUCACAAUGUCAAGAGCCACAGAUUUUGGUAAGUUUAACAUCUGGACAAUUAAACGAAUACUAAUUCGACGGUCUGAGUUCAAAACUUUGCGCACACGAGUCACAUUAUCGGUGUUUGUCGAAGUCGAAGGUCUUCCAGCACGGUCUUCAUCAGCGACCUCUUCCCGGCCCUCCAAAAAGGCCUGGUGCCACCGAGACACACCACUUCUUGCUAAAGCAACACCUGGGUAAGCGUGCUUGAUCAUAUCAAACGUCUCUGUCGCAGAUUUACCGAGUUUCACACAGAAUUUAAUCGCGUACCUCUGCUCUAACGAACGCUGCAUUUUCAGCUUGCACCACUCACAGAUACACGUCGCGCGAAAAUGCCUGUCCUGAUUCUCCAAGUGCUCGGAGACAACUGACCAGCCGCUCAUUCGUUAGCUAGAAACGCCCUCUACCGAAUCCAGUCGGUGCGCGCACGCUCCGACGUACAGUCUUGGCGGAAAAAAAUGAGUCCUAUUACUUUCCGGACAAACCCUGUAUAUCACUAUUCUUGAUUAACAUGAUCAGUCAUUUAUUAGAGUGCUUUGCUCCAUGACGUUAUUCUUCAGAAAAAUGUAAGUAUACGCUUUGAAAGUCAAGCCGCAACUGCAAUAUGACAUUAUUCAUGACAGAACUUCAAUACACACUAGCGUCAUCUCUGGCGAAAACUUUGAAACAAUUGCAAAUGUCUGUAUUCCUGAUAAAAUAGUCAACAUUUGGAGUGGAUCUGCAAUUUUAACCAAUUUUUCUCGUUUUUUGGAACAAAAACAAAAACAAAACUCGACCGAAACGUAGUCCGCUUGAUAGAAACCAAAGUUUUGAGUUUGUUUCAGUUUUAUUUUUGUUUUUCAGAGUUUAGAAAAGAUAAACACAACAUAAACUCAACAGUUCGUUUAGUGGAAUACCGCUUUAAGAGAUUUCGUGCAAUUUUCUUUUUAGUGGGGCUAACGGAAAACGGUUUUGUAGAAAGGCCGCCAUUUAGGUGAACAUCUAGGUCUGAGAAUAGUUUAUUUUAAAGAUGAAUGUCAACGCUUUAUGAGCCU